AUGGCAGACCUGGCAGUAAGCUUGGCCAAGUCGGUGGUGGAGGGGACUGUGACCAAGGCCCUGGCGGCGAUUGAGGAGGAGGCAACGCUGCGGCAGAGCACGCAGAACGACCUGGCGUUCAUCACCGGUGAGUUCCAGAUGAUGCAGUCCUUCCUCAAUGUCGCAGAUGAGGAGCGCGCCAGGAACAACGUGGUGAGGACCUGGGUGAGACAGGUCCGUGACCUCGCCUACAACGUGGAGGACUGCAUCGAGUAUGUGAUCCGCCUUGACAAGGCAUCAGACUGGCACUGCCGCUGCCUCCCAGGCUUCAUCAGGCCAGAGCUGCCGCUGGACAAGGCGGUCGCCGAGAUAAAGUUGCUCAAGGGCAGGGUUGAGGAGGUGAGCCUUAGGAACAUGCGCUACAACCUCAUCAGUGAUUCAGGUUCCAAGCCCGUCACGCAACAACAGUUUGUGCCUGGUGCUUCUGUCGGUGCCACAACAUUUGACAUGCUCGUCAAAGCAAGAGAUACCACAAAGAUGCAACGAGGAUUAGGAGAUCUGACCAAGUUGUUGAUCACCAAGAAACCUGGUGGAGACCUUGGAGUGAUCUCAGUGUGGGCAGCAGGUGGCAAUGCUGAUACCACACCCAUAAUCAGGGAGGCUUAUGGCAAACCAGAAAUAUGUGACAGCUUCAGAUGCCGUGGCUGGGCAAAGCUGACGCACCCUUUCAACCCCCAUGAGUUCCAGCGGAGCUUGCUGAUUCAGUUCCACACAAACUCUUGCCUACAAAAGAAAUCGGGUGUAGACAUUGGUACCCUCAAGAGAUUGGAAGUGGCUGCAGAAGGCGAACUUAUUGAAGAGUUCAUGGAGCAAAUGAAGGAGAGGUACCUGGUUAUCCUGGAAAACGUUUCCAGUAUGGUAGAGUGGGACACCGUCAGAGCUUACCUGCCUGAAAAGAAAAAUCACAGCUGGGUCAUCAUCUCUACUCAGCAAUCUGAAGUCGCCAGGCUGUGUGUUGGAGAUCCAUGGCAAGUGUUUGAGCUUAAGCAGUCCUCAGCCGAACACUCUGUAUGUGUCUUCUUCAGGGAGGGUUCUCAAGGCGACGGAGAUAAAAGCAAGCAAACCACUAUGGUGAUGGCUAACAAUAAUGAGGCAUCAUCAUCAAUGGGUGUCCAAAACAACACUGAUAUGUGGAUUGGUCGAUUCCCCCUAGUUAAAGUACGCAAUUCACAGAUGAAAGAUCUCCGUGGCUAUUUAGCCAGGGCAUGUGUUAAUGGUUUUCCUGUGAUAUCCGUGUGGGGGAUAGCUGGUGUUUGGAAAUCAGCUCUAGUCAGGAACUUAUACCACGACAUAAUGUGUGACAGUAGCAACAAAAUAUUUACCAUGUACAGUUGGGUGGAUGUAUCACAUCCAUUCAAUUUAAGGAACUUGGCUUGGAGCUUACUUUCAGAACUUCAGUCAGAUUCUCCUCAGCAAAAUGGAAUCAGCAAUCCCAUUCAAGAGUUUCAUGAGCUUCUGGAGAAACAUCGCUGCCUUGUCGUAAUAGAUGGUUUGCAAUCCACAGACGAGUGGGACCUAAUACAACAUUACUUGGUGUCUAUACAUUCUAGAAGCAUUAUCGUUGUGAUUACAACGGAAGCAAGCAUAGCCAUACAUUGUGCAAAUCGAGAAGAGGCCAUGUACAAUGUCAAAAGUCUAGAAGACGAUGAAGCACGUGAUCUCUUCAAAAAGGAGGUAGGCAUAUUUCCAGAUUCGUCCGCUUUAAGGGAUUCUGAAGAUCCCGAGCUUCUAAAACUUAUUUCCAAGUGUGGCGGACUUCCCAAAGUAAUAGUUGCUGUAGCCAACUUUUUGGCACCCAUGACAGUCAGCUGGAUGAAAACCGCAAUGAAUCUUAGUGACAGAUUUAUGCAUGAUCUGGAGACUAAACUGGAAUUUGAUAACUUGCGUGGAUUAUUUGGUUGGAUGCACAACUACUUCUGUACUUGCCCAGAUUACCUCAAGCCAUGUAUCCUCUACCUGUCCAUUUUUCCGCAAGGCCCAAGCAUUCGACGGAGGCAUCUAGUGAGGCGGUGGAUCGCAGAGGGUUACUCGAGGGACACGUCCAACAGGUCAGCUGAGGAUAAUGGGGAAAAAUUCUUCUCGAAGCUCCUUGAUCUGAGUAUCAUCCAGCAGACACCACAUUCAGUCACCACUGCAGAUACAAGAAUGGUCUUGUGCCAAGUCAACGGCUUCUUCCGUGAGUACAUCAUAUCAAGGCGAAAGGAUGAGGACCUUGUCUUCGAACUGGAGGGCAGGUGCACAUUGACCAGUCAACGCACAGGACGACACCUUGUCAUAAAGCAAAGCUGGGACAGAGACAAGAUCGUGUUCAGUAGUAUUGACUUCUCAAGGCUACGCUCCCUCACUGUGUUUGGACAGUGGAAGCCCUUCUUCAUCAGUGAAACUAUGAGGGUGCUCCGGGUGCUUGAUCUUGAAAAUGCAAUGGGUGUCACAUAUAAAUGCCUGGAGCAGAUGCUGAAGGUGCUUCCUCGCCUCAAGUUCCUCUCUCUGAGAGGAAUAAGAGAGAUCUGCUAUCUGCCACGUUCAUUUGCUGGUCUGAGGCAGCUUGAAACUCUGGAUGUCAGGGGCACCUCCAUAGUCACUUUGCCACCAUCCAUCACCAAGCUUACCAAGCUGCAGUACAUCCGUGCUGGCAUAGCUAAGGAACCAUCAGUACCAUGUGCUCAUUUCUCUUGGUUGCCUAGCUGCUGUAGAUCUUGUCAUGUAGGUGGUGUUGAAGUGCCUGCAGGGAUUAAGAAACUUACAGCCUUGCACACUCUUGGUGCUGUCAACGUUGGUUUUUCAGGGGGCAAGGCCAUCCUGAAAGAGCUCAAGAAGCUCACACAAUUGCACAAGCUUGAAGUGACAGGCAUCAACAAGAAAAAUAGCAAGGAGUUCUGUUCCGUCAUCUCAGACCACGUUCAUUUGGAAUCCUUGUCAGUGUGGCUCAUCAUGGGCAAUAACAAACCUUGUUUGAAUGACAUGUUCUCGCCUCAGAAGAAGCCUCCGGAAAAUCUUCAGAGCCUUAAGCUAUAUGGCCUUGUAAAAGAAGUGCCAGCAUGGAUCAGAGAUCUUCCCAAACUAACAAAGUUGGAACUGGAGAUAACUACGUCAGAAGAAGUUGAAGUAAUCAAAGUUCUUGGGGACAUAAAAGAACUAUGUAUUCUACGUUUUUAUGUCAAGCCGCUUAAAGAUGGAGAUGGUAAUAAGCUUAACUUUUUUGUCGAGGUGAAUGGAGUAGAGCAGAGCAGUUAUUUGAACCUCAAGAUACUUGAAAUUGCUUGCAACUCAGAGUUAAAUGUAUCCUUUGGAUCAUUAGCAAUGCAAAAUCUUGAGCUGCUGACAGCUAAAUGCUGUACUGGGUCGGCAGUGAAGUUUGCUGACCUGAAGAGUCUCUCUAAAGGAAAACUCAAGGAGGUGUGGUAUUUUGGUUCCCUUGACAACACAGUUAAGUUGGACAUGGAGAAUCAACUUAACCAGCAUCCUAAGACACCUGCUUUGAAACUGGAGGAACCAUGUUCGUCCUGA